AUGAAAAAUUCAACAUCAUUAGAACGUAUUUCAAAUAAUGGAUUUAAUAUUGAUUAUAAUUCAAUUAAAGACCAAGCAUUAAAAUAUGGAUAUUUAAAAAAGUUGGGAGGAAAAGGAAUUUCAAAAAAUUGGAAAAAAAGGUUUUUUAUUUUAACAAAAUCGGGAAUAUUUUAUUAUUUUAAACAUAGAACCAGUAAAGAACCUGUCGGAAUUAUAAAUUUAGAAGAAUAUACAAAGAUAUAUAAAGAUAAAUCAAAAAAGAAAUAUUUUUUAUUAGUAAAUGAAAAUAAUCCACAACAAAGAAUUUUUCAUUUAAUUGCAGAUUCAGAAGAAGAGAUGGAAUUAUGGAUAACAGAAAUUACAGAAUUUUUUAAUGAUGAUAUAAAUGAUUUAAAGAAUCAAUUGAGUAAUAUAACAAAAUUAAAAACAGAGAAAAAGAAAUAUGACACAAUCACAAAAAAUGCAAUUAAAGCAAAACGAGUCGAAGAGUAUGAUUUAGAAAAAUUACAAUUAGUAUUCAAAGGUGAAAGAUUAUCAUUAUUAAUUAAAGAUCCUCAAAGAUCUUUUUCAAUCUCUAAAAAUAGUAAUGGUAAUGAUAUUUUAUUAGAUGAUAGUGCAUUAUCACCAAAUUCUCUAAAUGGUAAUAAUAACAAUAACAACAAUAAUAACAACAAUAGUUCAGGACCAACAACUCCAACUUUAAUAUCAAUUGAUGCUUCAAAUAUAACUACUACUACAACAAAUGUAAUAUUACCAUUAUCAAUAUCCACAACCACCAAUAUCACUACUACUACUGAACAACCUCAAACUCCAAGAACUCCAAAACCUACACCACCACCAAGAAGAGAUAUAAUAACAACUAAAGUUUGUGAUGAAGAUGACGAAGAUGAUGAUAGUGGUGAACUUGAACAAAAUUAA